UCUGAAGCCAUCAGUACGGUAAUGACAACUGUCCCGAGAGUUUGAUUGUAGGCCUCACUGAAAGGAUAGUUUUUUCAUAGAUUUUUUUUUUUCUUGCUGGAGAGUCCUCCCUAUUUGCAAUGUCGGAGAAACAAUCAGAUUUAGUAGCUGGUUCAGAUCAAGACGAAGAGGUGACAGAUGUCGUAUGUGUGGAAUCACACCUCAAAGAUGGAGAAAUGAUGGAAGUGGAAGUGGGUCACCACAAUAUUUUGCUGAUACGCAGUGAUGGGGUGUACAGUGCCAUUAGCAACCAAUGCACACACUAUGGUGCUCCACUGAGCAAAGGGGUGCUGUCAGGUCACAGGGUGCGCUGUCCCUGGCAUGGUUCCUGUUUCAAUGUGAAGACCGGCGACUUGGAGGAGUAUCCUGGAAUUGACUGUCUGCCCUGCCACAAGGUGAAAGUUGAGAACAGCAAAGUCUAUGUGUCUGUGAAAAAAAAGAUUCAGGGUCAACCUAAGCGAAUAAAGUGGAUGGGAGUCAGAGAUCAAGAAGUAUUUCACACUGUGUUGCUCUUAGGAGGAGGGGUAGCCUCUUUGAUCUGUGCUGAGACACUUCGACAAGAAAAUUAUGGGGGCAGAAUUAUUAUGGUAUCUAGAGAUGACCUUCUUCCAUAUGACAAAACCAGACUUAGCAAAGUAAUGGAUGCUGAGAGUGACAGUCUGCUAAUGAGAAGCAUGGAUUUUUUCCAUAAGUAUGAUAUUGAGGUCUGGCUGAAAAAAGAGGCUUUAUCAGUAGAUACAAACAAGAAAACAGCGACAUUUGAUGACGGCUUAAUACAGUGCUUUGAUCAAAUCCUUAUUGCAACAGGAUGCAGAGCAAAAUGCCUGGACUGCCCUGGUGCAGACCUGGAAAACGUGCUGAUGCUGGAAACACCAGAGGAUGCCAGGAGAAUCCACUAUGCCUGUAUGGGCUGCAGGACAGUCUUUGUGGGCACUUCCUUUGUUGGCAUGGAAGUGGCAUCCUACAUGAUAGAUAAGGCCAGCAGUAUCACAAUCAUUGGAAGCACUGAGCUUCCCUAUCAGAAGACUCUAGGCCCGGAGAUAGGAAAGGUCACCAUGAUGAUGCUUGAAGAGAACGGAGUGAAGUUCCACAUGAAUGAUGCUAUUGCUGAGGUUCAAGGCGAGAAUAGGAGGGUUAAGGCAGUGAAACUUAAGAGUGGUACCACUAUUGAAACUGAUGUGCUAAUUGUUGGAAUUGGUGUUGUUCCCAAUUCAGAGUUUUUGAAAGGUAGUCCCAUAAGGAUGGACUCUAAGAACUAUGUAAUUGUGGAUAACUACAUGAGGACCAAUAUUACAGACGUCUACUGUGCAGGAGAUCUAACCGCGUUUCCUCUUAAAAUGGCAGGAGGCCAGAGAGUGAGCAUUGGCCACUGGCAGAUAGCGCAGACACAUGGAAGGACUGCUGCCUUCAACAUGCUGCAAAGGGAGGUGGAACUCAACACAGUGCCAUUUUAUUGGACCGUCCUGCUUGGGAGAACCAUUCGAUAUACUGGGUAUGGGGAGGGAUACACUGAGAUGGUGCUGAAAGGAAAAUUUGAGAACAUGAAGUUUUUGGCAAUUUACCUCAAGCAUGAUGAGGUAGUGGCUGCAGCAGGGUUGAACGUGGAGCCUGCUGUCUCGGUGGUGGCAGAAAGGUUGGCAGAAGGAAGAGUGAUUACAAAGGCAGAAGCAAUGUCAGAUGACCUCAGCUGGCUGAAGCUGCAGCCCCUGUGACCACUAACAAUAGUAUGAAUUCAGAAUCAUCUUCAUUCAGCAAUUCUGUCCACAGUCCAUCCCAUCCAGUUGUGCCUUUACUCAAAAGGCCUCAUACUCAGAUAUAUAUUUUUUUCAAACAUUGA